CAACUUUGAUCUUCCGAUACCUUCAAGACCAAGUUCCACGCUAAGCCUUACGCGCUUAACCAUGACCUUCAAGAUCGUCAUUGUCGGCGGUAGCGUCGCGGGCUUGGCGCUCGCCAACAUGCUCGAGAAGUUCGACAUUGACUAUGUUGUUCUCGAAGCCUAUCCUGAGAUUGCCCCCCAGGUUGGAGCCAGUAUUGGACUGUUGCCUAAUGGCUUGCGGAUUCUCGAUCAGCUCGGUUGUUACGAAGCGUACCGGGCCAAAGCUGAGGACCAAGUAUACCAACACGCCUACCUCAGGCGGGAGAAUGGUGAAAUCUUCAGCUACCAACAUGAUUUGAUGGACAUGUGGGAGAAAAUGUUAGGAUAUCCAAUGAUCUUCAUCGACAGGCAGAUGCUUAUUCAGGUUCUGUAUGAAAACUUGAAACACAAGGAUAGAGUGCUCACUUCUCAACGAGUUGUAUCCGUGGAAUUUACCAAAUCUGGUGCUCAUGUCACCACCAAAGACAACAAGGUCUUCAGUGGGGACAUUGUCGUUGGAGCUGAUGGAAUUCACAGCACGGUAAGGAAGGAGAUGUGGCGACAAGCGCCAACCGGAUACUUCCCACUGGAUGAGGAAUCCAAGGCAUACCCCGGAGCCAGUCAGCACAACACGAUGUCACCUGGCCAUAGCUACUUUGUAAUGGCUGCGCCGGGAGACCGCGUGUACUGGUUUUUGUUCAUGGAGUUGAAGACUCUCUAUGGUAGAGAUAUCCCGAGGUAUGUUACCAAUUGCAAGUCUAGAAGACUGGGAUUGAUCUCCUUCCACAGGUAUACCAAGGCCGACGAGGAGCGUAUUAUCAAGCAGCACUGGGACGACCAGAUUCUGGAAAAUAUGACACUUGGUAACCUUUACGAGAAACGCAUUGCUACGACGCUGGCACCGCUUCAAACCUAUGUCUUUGAGAAGUGGCACUACAAGAGAGCCAUCACCAUCGGAGAUUCCGCACACAAGGUCGAUCCCGUAACAGGCCAAGGUGGUAAUGGAGCAAUCGAAUCAGCUGCACAUCUGGUCAACGCCUUGUUGCGCAACCUUGACCAGACCCCCGGUGGUCUUAGUGAGAAGCAGUUGGAGAGUAUCUUUGCUGAGGUGCAAGAAAAACGCUUUGAACGUGCUCAACACAUUGUCAAGCAAGGCUACUGGCUCCAGGAUGCCUUCACGCUACGAACCAGAAUGGGCAAGAUGAUUGCGCGUUACUUAAUGCCUUUGCUGGGCUCCUUCGGAGUCGUCUACCGAGGCGUCGAGUUCUGCGCCCCCGCAACGAAGCUGGAGAGACUAGAAGUGCCUCAUCGUCCCAGAGCGGUGUUGUUCGAGGAUGAGUUGCCAGCGAAGCCACUCAAGGGCUUGGGCAGUCUGAAUAAGCUCUUCUCUGUCGCAUUCAUGUGUGCGCUCUGUGCCAUCGCGGCAGGGGUGUUGCGUCUGCCUAGGAGCCUCGAGACGCUGGUCGACGUCCUGUGCUCUUCCACCAGUGGAGAUGCGUCGAUGUUGCCGGCUAUCGAGUUCAUGACGAACACUGCAGCGCUCAUUGCUCUCGCACUGGCUGACUUGAACCGCGUGGGAAACCAGCUGACAUCUGUGACCUUAAUCGUAAUCUUUACCAUCUUCAACAACACGCUCGGUCCAGGUGGUUUUGCCCCAAUCUCCUGUGUCUUCGCUCAUUGGUCUUGCAACACCAUCGUCGGCAGACACGUUCCCCUCGAGAACGCCAAGAGGGUGUUGCCCAUCACGGCCGCGGGAUAUCUCCUACCCGCAGCCGUCGCGCUGUAUCGUCAGGACGCAAACUCAAUCAACGUCUGGCGCAAUGCGCCAAUCCUAUGCUUCUUGUUGGCUAGGAGUCUCUCUGUGUUUGGACUGCAAUCUGGAACCCAGCAACCUGAGAACGAGGAGACCAAGCUACAGAGCACGAGAGAAAAGUACCAAAACAUGUUCGCCAAGGCAGAUCUCCCAGUUCUUGGCCUCGUCUACUACUCGACCCUGGCGAUCUCCGCAGCCAUCCAUCUCACCAAUGUCGCUCUCUUCGGUAUGAAGUACAGCUUGUUUGGUGGUGAGAACGCGGCCUUGAUGGCUCUGGGCCUGUCGAAGCUGGAUACUCUGAUCUUUACGUUCUGUUCGCUGCUGCUUGCCCUCGGCACAGCGCCGUGGAGUCUGCGACUUUGCGGAUACGUCAAUACGAAGCAAGCCUUGACUCAGGCCGCAGCGGUGAUUCUGGGAUCGGCCAUUGUUGGUCCCGCGGCAACGCUCGCAGGUAUCACUGCUUAUCGUGAGGGAAUUGUCGCAGGUCUGAGCCAGUAG